AUGCCUGAAGAAGAACCCGAAGACAGUCGAGUCGCCAAUUUCCUCUCACGGAACGCAACAUUCGCCGAAACUUACAAACCUGCUCCCCUUUUCACCAAGCUCCUUGCCAACCCCCCAGUCCACCCUCGCAUCACCAUCAUCUCAUGCUUCGAUGGGCGUGUCGAUCCACGUAAAUUCUUUGGCUUGCAGCCUGGAGACGCCGUUCUCAUCAGCAACGCCGGUGGCCGCGUGAAUGCGGAUGCUUUGCGAAGCAUCAUCAUUCUGGAUGAUCUUCUAGUCGUGGGGACUGUGAUUGUGGUGCAUCAUACUGAUUGUGGCUUGGUCCAUACUAGUGACGAGUCAAUUAGAGCGAGGUUGAAGGGGAGGGCGCCGGAGAAGGCACAAGAGAUUGAAGGCAUGGAAUUCGAGUUAUUCAAAGACGUGCAUCAGAGUGUGAGGCAUGAUAUGGGCAUUGUUAAAGUCUCUCCGUUUCUAGAUGUUCAAGUCUUUGGGUACAUCUACGACGUCACGCAUGGUACCGUUGAGGAGGUUAAGAUUUGA